AUGAUGUCGCCAAUCGUCUCGGCGGCCGGGGUCGCGAUGCUUCUUCUCCGCGGAGCCCACGGCCACAUGGUCAUGAACUCGCCGACUCCUUACAACCUCGACAUCCAGCCGUUGCUGCAGGUUGACCCUAUUAGUGGCGGUCUCUACCCGUAUCCCUGCCAUAAUCAAUAUGGUUUUACCCAUCGCACCCCGGUCGAGGCUGGCGGAGCGACCUUGGUCAAUUUCACAGGCGGUGGUCAGCACGGCGGCGGUUCGUGCCAAUUUAGCAUUACCUACGACGAGCCUAUCAACGGAGAGGACUGGAACAAGUCGGCCAGCUUCAAGACCAUCUACAGCAUCAUCGGUGGCUGUCCGGCCGUGUUUACCGACGAGUCUCACAACCUCGCGACCGUGGCCGUAGACGAAAACAAGCGCCAAGAUGGCAAACAUUGUGGCAAUGACUCUGGUGUUGACUGCAUCCGCCAGUUCAUGAUUCCGAUUCCCAAGUUCCUGAAGAAUGGCCCCGCUACCUUUGCCUGGACCUGGUUCAAUAAGUUGGGAAACAAGGAGAUGUACAUGAACUGUGCUCCUAUCAAGAUUACUGGUGGCACUGGUAACGAGACGGAGAUCGAGAAUCUGCCUAACAUCUUUGUGGCCAACUACCCCAAUGACCCCGAGGUUACGAACUGCAUCACCGGCACCCGUUCCGACAAUGUUGUGGUCAACUUCCCCGAGCCGGGCAAGUACGGCCGCGUGCUUCAGGACCCGGUUGAGCCCGUGAAUAAGCCUUCGGGUUACUGUACCCAGAUCCCACCCGCUCGAUCGCUCCCUACCUUUGAACCAGGCCUGACCUUGGCCGCUACCCCGGUCGGAAAAGCUGGCCCGGCUACCACUACUCCCACCCCGCCGGUGGAAGACACCACAAGCCCAGCCCUGGGACACUCGGCCAACGAUCCCAUCACGGAGUCUGCCGAAGUAACCACGCCCGUCCCGACACUGACUCGAUCCCCGCCCCCGAUAGUCAUCCCUGCCAACAUCACCACGACCAUCAUGAAGUCCUCAGCCAUCGACCUCGGCGUCAAUCCCACGCCCUUAACCACGCCUACGCCGACCCCCACCCCCGCCGCUGUAGGUACGGGUGCCAUUGCCAAGAAACCGAACAGCAAAGCCGUCGCCUGCCCAAGCCACGGCUCGAUAGUUUGCCUCGAUGACGGCACCUUCGGCCUGUGCGACUGGGGCUGGGUUAUGCCUCAGCGCGUGGCGGCCGGCACUGAGUGCAAGGAGGGCAAGAUUGUUAAGCGUGAUGAGGGAAAUCUCGUCAAGCGUGGCGGGGGCGAGGACUACUAA